GUAACAACCGGAUUUUUUUAACAAGUAAAAAUACUUUCAAACUUUAAAAUACAUCUCUGCAUUUCAUAUACUAUAGUAGGGAAAGUAAAGAUAUUUAACAGUUCUCUUUUUGAAAUCUUCAAGAUACAUUGUUGUUAGCUCAGGUACAAUAAACUUAAUUUCAUAGAAUUGGACGGGUUUCAAGGUUUUUAAUGAAUCAUUGGCACGAAGAUAUGUAGUUAACUAAGUGUUGGACAUUCAGUAAACAGUAUUGGCUUGAAGAUGGCAGAUCCUCAAUAUGAUAAAACUAUGAUCAAGAAAGGAAAUGUCAGGGUAAAGGGACGAAUACCUAUAGGCAAGUCCUGGAAGAAAAAAAUGUUAGUGUUAUAUGGUCCGUCUAGUAAUGGAGCUGCACGAUUGGUCAAGUAUUCAGGAGAGCAGGCAUUUGCAGAGGAUGAGCCUUCAUCACAGAUUCCACUCAAAGAUGUUGGUAGUGCUCUCAGAUGUAAAAUGUCUGAAGGGUCGCAUGGAGACGGCAUUACUUUACAUAUGUCUGAUCGCAGCAUUAAACAGUUCCUUUGUGAUACAGAAUCUGAAUCUACAGAAUGGUUGACUGCCAUACAGACAGAAUUGACCAGAAAUGAUAAUCUGCCUUCAGGCAUGUUCCGAGUCUUUCUUUUACCAUGUGCCACAUUAAAUGACAGUGGAGAGUGUAUAUUAUAUGUGACUUCUGAUUGUGUAUAUAUUUAUGAUAAUGAACAGAAAAAUAAACAAAUAACUGCAUGUGAUAUCACUCAUAUACGAAGAUAUGGUGCCGAUGCUAAAAGGAAGCAAUUUCUUAUAGAAGCUGGAAGUAAGAAUCCUACUGGAGAGGGAAUCUAUUUAUUCAGAACAGUUUUUAACCAAGAAAUUCAUGAUCAAAUAGAAGAGGCUGCUGACAGAAUAAAGAAAAAAGUAGCAGGACGACAAAGAAGUGUUCCAACUAUACCUGCAAAGCAGCCUAUUUAUAUGAACCAGAAACCCUAAAGAUACAUCGGAAAAUUAAUCAAACCAUGUUAGGCCUUCACAGACAUUCCUAUUGGAAUUUGCUCAAGAUAUUGAAGUGGUGAUUUUGUUGUUAGGACUAUUCCACUAUUAUGGACUAUUCCUAUUAAUAUAAUAGCCCUUAGUCAUGUUUACAAGCAUUUUUAAAAGACUAUAUUUUUAUAUUAUUAAGUUAUGAAAAAGUGAUGUAAUUAGUGCUUUAGCACACUCGGUAUGAUUUCAUUAACUGAUCAUGUGUUGAUGUUAAUCUGUUGUAUGCAAAGGCUUAUAUUUGUACUGGAACUCAGGGUCCUUGUUCAGACUAUUCUCUUAUUUAAAUUUGUUAUAUUAGAAUGUUCUAACGUUGUGGUUCCUAUGUUAUUAAUUAUAUUUAUAAUACAACAUUAAGUCAUGCAAAAUAGUUAUCAAUUUUCCAAGCUAUAUUACUACUUUUCAGAUUUAAAAAAAAAAUUAGUAUAUUUUGAACAACGUUAUAUGCAUAUUAUUCCUUAACAUUUCAAGAAUUUAUCAAUUAGAUAUUUAACUUGCAAAAUCUGUUCUAAAAUUAAAUCAAUGAUUUCAUUGUAACACAUGUUAGAGUAUUAUUCAAAAUUUGAGUUAUCUCCCUUUGUCCAUAAUUGUAAUGAAACCAACUACAACAGACUCCAAUUCAUAAUAUAUUGCCUUCCAAUAUUAAUACAAUGGAAUGUUUAAGUUUUAGUUUGCACUGCAAUCUUUGCCCUUCACUGUUCAUGACAAGCACUUUAAUUAGGUAUGCUAUGAAGUGUGCAACGUUCAGUUUCAUUUAAUUUACUCUGACAAUCUGCAUCAACAAAGUUUUGUUUUUUUAAUUUAGAUGUUCAAAAAUAUUCUUUACAAAAAUUUAUACAGCCAUUUUAAUUAUAAAGCUUAACAUUAGGGUAGUUUUGGAGCAUGAUAAAAAAGAAAUAUAUAGAAUAUUUUAUUGUUUGCUGAAAUGUAGAUUAUGUAACUCCUGCUUCUUACCACCAAUAAAUGGUGUGAAUCUCUCAAAUAUAAGCAAUUAAUCAUUCAGAAAAUGGUAAAUGGGACCAUUUGUAAAAGUUAAGGCUGCUUUGUGUCCAAUGACCUGUACUAUAGAGUCAUUGUCAUGAUAAUCUUAUACUAACAGCAACCAAGAUCAAAAUAGUCUUAUUUUUCACAUUCUGCAAAGCCAGCAAACAUUUCUUGAUGGGGGGAAAUAAUGGCCAAUAUUAUUAUAGUAUAUUAUAUAAAUGACUUAUCAUAUACCACCAAUGUAUUUUAAUGAGAUAUUUGCAUGCUUUUUUCAUCGAAGAAUAUAUAUCUGCUAUGUAACUUUUACAUUUUUUUUUAAAGAAAUUUUGCUAAUUAUCAAAAAACAUAUUUUUUUGCUAUUUGUAAAUUGUGCAUCUUUAAAAAAAAAAGUAAGCAAUAGCUUGUUACUUCUUUCUUGAUCUUAUAAAAAUACAUAAUUAUUUUACCCCGUUCUCCCCAGGAAACAAAACAUAACAACAAAACAGCACCCAGUAUUGUACUGUUUUGUUAUCAGGGUCUAUACAUUGUACCAAGGGGAUACAAUCAUAGCAACCUAGCAAAGGGGGGAGGAGGGUUUCAAUAGCUGCUGCCAAUCAUAGGAAGAAUGAUUUCAUGAUUGUUGUGUCCCCCACCUUACGUAUGUUGUUAUACAGUAUAUGUUAAUAUGCAUAAUGUUAUGUAUAUAUAUUUAUAUGAGAUUUCACCUGUAACGAUGUAUUGAUGUGCAAUGUUCUGUCGUGUGAUGAAUCAUUCUUAAGUUUUUGUUGGUAAUCUUUGUUUGAUAAUGUUACAAUACUAUCAAUGUUAGUGAUUCAUAAUGGGGCAUUAAUAAUACAUUUAAAUCAUAUAGGGUUAACUGUUGUAAAAAUAUUCAAAUUAAAAUGCAUAUUAUACUCGAUCAUUAGAAAUAAAGUUCAAUAUAAUUUUCCAAAUGUUCCAAGGUUCCCAUCUGUCAUGGCUAUGUAUUCAGGAUUAGCUGAAGGGAUUUUUUGUUUUUGUUAAAGUCAUAUGAAAGGAGUGACCGGUGAAAAAUAAUGUUAUUCCAAUUCUUACACCAAUGUAUACAAACAUCAUAAACUUAGUCUUCUGUGCAUAAUUUUUUACGCAUAAAUUUCAUAUAUUCGUCAAUUUUUUUUUCAAUCGGUCAGUGUUGUUGUGAAAAUAUGGCAGGUGAUUAAAAUUAGUGUUUUGAAGUGGAAGUUUAACAAUUGUUACCUGUUUGUCAACAAUCACAAAAAAAGGGAAAUUGAGCAAGUAUUUAACAUGUACAAUCAGGUAAUAGUUUAUUUAAAGGGCAUCCAUGCAUAUUGCGAUCAAUGGAUUUUUUCGAGAUGGGGUCACUCUGAGGUCAAUUUGCAUACAGAAAAUAUGUCGGGGGAAUUGCUUCCUUCGAAUUGCUUCCACGAAGGAAGCAGGAAGCAAUUAAAAUAAAAUAAACUUCUUUUAAAUGUGGAUAAAUUAAAGAAUUUUCUUCAAAAAAAAGGAUAUGUACAUAAGUUUUAUACUGAAAACUAUCCAUUGAGUUUUAAAAAACAUAUGCAUAAUUUUUUUAAAUUU